AAAAGCAUAACCUACCUUUCUUAAUUCUUUCACCCCUUCGAUCACUCUCUCAGACCAAACAACUGUGUCGCCAAAACUCGUAUUUUCUUUGUUAUAUUCUAAAAACAACCACAAUUUUUUCAACUUAUAUUAAUUAAUAUUAUUAAAUAAAUUUUCUUCGCCUGUAUUGGACUCUGCUAUAUUUCCUGCGCCGCAGACGGAGGAGGAGAACUCGCCUCGCCGCCAUUAAACCGUCGCAAUCAAAUAAAGGCGCCAAUUGUUUGAACCGUUUCCCUCUCUCUUUAUUCAAUGUCUUCUCCCUUAUCCAUUGCCGGUUUCUCCAUCUCAGUUUCUGGGUGUAGUUAGAAAAGGGGGUGUCAAUGGCAAUGAAGGAGGAGACAAGUCAGUGGAAGCAGGCCAUGAUUAAUUCCUCGGCUGGGGCGAUUUCUGGUGCUAUUUCACGGACAGUGACGUCACCUCUUGAUGUUAUUAAAAUUAGAUUCCAGGUUCAACUAGAGCCCACUUCCUCUUGGACGUCACUACGCAGGGAUUUGUCCAAACCCUCAAAAUAUACAGGCAUGUUUCAAGCAACCAAAGAUAUUUUUAGAGAAGAAGGCAUACGGGGUUUUUGGCGGGGUAAUGUACCAGCUUUGCUCAUGGUUAUGCCAUAUACAGCUAUACAGUUUACUGUUUUGCAUACAUUGAAGACUUUGGCCUCUGGUUCAUCCAAGACAGAGAAUCACAUUAAUCUGAGCCCUUAUCUAUCCUAUGUAAGUGGGGCAUUAGCUGGGUGUGCAGCUACUGUGGGGUCAUAUCCAUUUGAUCUUCUUCGAACUAUAUUAGCUUCUCAGGGUGAACCAAAGGUUUAUUCAAACAUGAGGUCAGCAUCCAUAGAUAUUCUCCGGACUCGUGGGUUUCGAGGCUUGUAUUCCGGAUUGUCACCGACACUAGUUGAGAUUAUACCUUAUGCAGGCCUACAAUUCGGCACUUAUGAUACAUUCAAACGUUGGGCCAUGGCGUGGAACCAUGCUCAAUAUUCAAAUACUGUUGCAGAAGAGAGCCUCUCUAGCUUUCAGCUUUUCCUGUGUGGGCUAGCAGCAGGAACAUGUGCCAAGCUUGUCUGUCAUCCACUUGAUGUAGUCAAGAAAAGAUUUCAGAUUGAAGGUCUACAAAGGCAUCCAAGAUAUGGAGCUCGGCUUGAACAUCGCGCAUAUAAAAAUAUGUUUGACGGCUUGAAACAGAUAUUACAGAUGGAGGGUUGGGCUGGUUUGUAUAAGGGGAUAGUUCCAUCUACUGUUAAAGCUGCACCAGCUGGUGCUGUAACUUUUGUUGCUUAUGAAUUGACAUCAGAUUGGCUGGAGUCUAUUUUGACUUGAUUUUUUUUAUACUUCAAGAGAAGGGAGAGGUUUUCAUGAUUGUUUCUU